AUGUGUAAUUUUGAGGAUGAAUCUAUUGUGCACUUAUUGAUACAAUGCUCCUUUGCCCAAAGCUGUUGGCAUAGAUCAUCUUUAAAUGUAGCGGCCUUAUUGGAUGGAAAGUUCUCAACCUGGUUUGAAUUGUUUGUCAUGCCCUCUAGCCCUGAUGUUAGAGAAGAAGCUGUCAUGAUUUGUUGGGCCAUCUGGAAUGCCCGUAAUGCGUUCAUUUGGAAAGGUAAGAGCACCUCAGCUUCAGAUGUAAUUUUGUCUGCUAGAGUCAACCUUAAUCAAUGGAAAAAUGCUCAAUUGAAAAAGAAGGGUCCUUUAUUUUUGGCUUCGGGUGAAAAUGAAGGAAGUGAGCAUUGGUCUAAACCGGUUACUAAUACGAUUAAGGUCAACGUAGACGGAGCUAUCUUUGAGGCGGAAGGAUGGUAUGGGACUGGCUUAGUGGCUCGUAAUUGCCAUGGCCAACUCCUUGAAGCUCUUUCAAGUAGUAAACCGGGACACUUCGAGGCUGCUGUGGUGGAAGCGAUGGGCAUUAAGGAAGCGCUUAGCUGGAUCAAAGACAAGCAGUGGCAUGAUGUUCAGCUGGAAACCGAUUGUCUUGUGGUUGUCCAAGCUGUUCACUCUUCAGUUCUUCUACGUUCCCCCUUUGGCGUGGUGAUUCAAGAGUGCAAAGAGUUGCUUGAUUCUUUAAAAUCUGUUCAGAUUCAUUUUGUUAAACGUUCUGCUAACAAGGCUGCCCAUUAUAUGGCUCGCAGCUCUUGUUUUCACUCAGUUCGUAUGUUUACCGAGAGUACUGCUCCGGUUGAUCUUUUAAACAUUGUAAUGGUUGAUUCAAUUUGCUAA